AUAAAUCUCGUUUAUGAAUAAAUAGGAAUUAAUAGAUGUUACUUGUAGAGCAUGUAAUAAACCAACUCAUAUAAUAAAGGAAUGCCCGUAUAAAUUAUUAUUUAAAUAUUAGAAUGGUGUGUGGUUAUCCAAAUAGAGUGAAAGUAUUGUUAAAUUAUAGAAGGAAUAUCCCAUCAGAUAGAGUGAAAUACACAAGAAAAAUGGAGAGAAAGAUUAUGACAAAAAAAGAAUGUCUCGAUAUAAGAAAUAGCAUUUAUUUAUAUUUAUGCAAGACUAAAAUGUUCUAAUAAGAAAUAGAAGAUUAAAAAUAUAUAUUAGAUAGUAGAGGUAAUUAGAAUGUUUAAUCAAUAAAAAGGAGCCAGUUUUGCAGAUAGUGCAAAUGAUGAAAUUAUUGAAGAUUAGUCAGAUAUAGAUAAAGAAGUUCUUAACAAUACAAUAUUGGCUUUAGAUCGUAAUUCAAGAUUAUCAAAAUAUUAAAGAAAACGUAGAUUAACUUUUUAAGCUUGUACUGAUGCAUUGAAAGAUGAAGAUAUUGUAUAUAUUAUUAUUUAUAUGUUUAGAGAGAUAAAAUUUUAGAAGUAAUUAGUAAAAUUUAAAGGGCAGAAAGAUAAAAUAAAUGUUAUAAUAACAGUUAAAAUUAAAAUGUUUAAUAAAUGCAAUUAAAUGCUAAUAGACAAUAGAAUCAUUAGAAUACAGUUUUAAGUAAUAAGAGUAAUUAGGAUUCAGACAAAAAAAUUGGGGAUAACAGAGGAGAUUAACGAAGAUAAACAAGAAUAAUAAUUACACCAUUUAUAAAAGUUAAUGAUAACUAAAUGGAAUAUUUUUAUUUAAAUAAAAAUUUAGAAGAAGAACAAGGAAAGAAGAUGGGAUAAUAUUUAGAUAUUUUCGAAGGAUUUGAUAAAGUUAAGAAUUAUGUAUACUUUCUCAAACAUAAUAAUAUUAAGGAAAUAGCUCAAUAAUUUAAUAAUUUAAUAAAGAAUUUAUUAAAGAGGAAGCAAGAAUAAUCAGAAUAAAUAAAAUAAAAAAAAUAAUUAGAAUAAUUAGAAUAAAUAAAAUUUAUUUGA